AGUAACCGAAAAUGGGAAAUUGGGGAACGACAUUGCAAAUCAAUUCAAAAAAUCGAAUUUUGUGAUUGAUGGAGCAGUGAAACUUAUAAUCCACCAUGUGUACUGUGAGAAUAAGGUUGAAGAAGACGGGUCGGAAUUACUCUAAUCAACGAGAUAAUUAUGGAAGGAAGGAGGUUUUUAGAAGCAAUUCAAAAUCAAAUCAAACUUAUAUGGUCAAUUAUCACUGAAGAAGAACAUUUCAUCACUAAAGCUGAUAGACGCUUCAUCAUUUUCAAGCUUACAGAACGAACUCAAUGGGAGAAGGAAAAAAAUUAUUAAGAAAUUGGGAAAGAUUAUGGGUGAGGUCAGAUAUAUUGAACUUUCAAAUUACAGUCUGGUGAUCUAUCACCAAAUGAAUGUAUGUGUUACCAUCAAUCAGGACACACUACAGAAAAGAGGUAUUUUAGCUGGUGAAGUUAUAAUUGCAGAAAAUUCAGAAGAAGAUGCAAGGUGUGGAAAAGGAAUGAGACAGGUAGUCGUUACUGAUCUUGAUACUCUUGUUCCAUCCAUGAGUCCUAAUGGCAAUAAUUCUCAUCAGACAACACCAUCAAUCAAUACUGAGUUUGGAAAAAAUGCAAAGAAAAAUACGCAAUCUGGAAAAGACACAAGGGAACAUCUGAAUUACUCAAUGAAACUAUUUGAAUAGUGUUCACUCCCAAUACAACCUUCUGUGGAUUGUCAUGGGCGAUCUCAAUUUUAUUCUCAACCAAGAUGAAAAGGAAGGAGGCAACAGGG